CAUGGAUCUGCUCACUGUGGAGCAAGUCGUUUUGAUGGGGGAUCUCGAUGUCUUGCACUUGCCUGCAGAAUAUUAUAUCACCCUUGCCGGGCCAGCCUUCACCCCUGCGGUUGAACUGAAAGGGAAACUGAAAAGGACGGUUGAAAGACAACCACAACCACAGAACCCGCCGCAAGCCCGCUAGCCACGGAAAGGAAGCCCCGAAAAGCUCAGCUUCAAGACCGGUGCAUUCGCACAAGAGGCGGUCAUGUGCUCUCCUACAUACAUACCUCUACCCUCGUUACCACCUAGAGCAGAUCACGGGGCAUUUGUUGUUUUUCUGCACCAUCCGCCCUCCACAUCUGCCAAGACCCCCUUUUCCACAUCCGACACUGUUUUGCGGGGAGCCCGUUGGGCCCUGGUCGGGCUCCCUGUUCCGCAUGUACCUUUCACGAGCAUCACCCCCGUAUAUCGACAGCGACAAAGCACGUAUCUACCGCACUGUACCUCUGCACCGAGGUGCAACAGUGCUGGGUGCAGGUUGUCGACAACACAGAGACUAGGUGGUCUAGAUUUUAUUUGGUUAUCAUCCGCAAGUGCCGUCUCCGAACCCUUCCCAAUGACACAGAUAGAAGCCCAUUGUCGGUACACAGUGUUUGCCAGCACUUUUUCCAACCCGCGCAUCUUUUCCAUCAUAGAGCCCUUUUCUUCUGUCCCAUUUGUCUGCGGCGCAAAUGAAUGGCCUGACGUGUUUGUAGAGGCCAAUGCCAAACCACUCACUCAUGAUGUUCCUCUCGAAUGACGCCCGCUGCUCGACUCAAUGUCUCCAGACCCAGGAAGCCAAACUGGUGCCAGAGCUCUACAUAUCUAUUUUUGCGUUUUGAAUCCCCUUCUUGCUCAGUGGAGCUCUGCUAUGUAUCUGGAACAUGGAGCACCCCUGGAGUUAUGCGAAGCUAUCCAAGACGCUCUCC